GAUACUUUUCAGAUCAGAAGGCAGCGAUGGGGACAAGCACGUGGUCGUUUGUGGCGGUUUUGUGGCUGUUAUGGGCGGCGGAGAUGGGGGUGGUGGAAAAAUGCAGGGGUGAAAUAGGACAAGGAGCAAUGAAGGAUGUGAAGGAUAAUAUCACUGAAAUUAUGGAGAUGACGAAUAUUGAGGGAAAAGCAGAAGCCGUUAAGAAAGGUGCUUCUGAAGUGUUUAAUGACGCCAAGGACGCAGCUGAGUCUUGGUCCAACUGGGCUUCCGCCCAGAUUUCCAAGGGAUUAGGAUUGGAAGAAGAAGGAUUGAAACAGACAGCCCACCACAUGAUGGACAAAGCCGGCGACGCAGCCACAAAAACCACACACACAAUCGGCACAGCAGCUUCAGAUGCAUCUGACAAAGCCGGAGAGGCGGUGAAGGCGGUGUCGGAUAAAGCCAGCGACGCCAAAACGAAGGCCAAAGACACGUUUGUGAACGGGAAAGAGAAGGCGGCGAAGGUGUAUGAAGCGGCUAAAACCGAGGUGGAGCGGGAAGUUGCGGCGGUUAAGGAGUGUGUGAACUGUGAAGCUGCUAAAGAGAUGGCGUCGCAUGCCGCCGUACAAAUCGGGGCGAAGAUAAGGGAGAAGUCCUCGGAGCUGUGAGCUUGACGCCCGGCUCUGUCUUUUUUGUAUUGAUUUUCAUUUCAUUUUAUUUUUGGGUCUAGGCUGAGUUGUAAAAUAUUCAUUAUUGUUUGAUACUGUCUUAACGA